AUGGAGGUCCCAGAGGCGGAAGUCUUCCCAGCCCUGAGAGGCAAGGUUGCCAUUGUUACAGGCGGUUCUCAGGGUAUGGGUAAAGCUACUGUGUCGAUUUUUCUGAAAGCCGGAGCCAAGGUGGUGAUUGCCGACAUCAAAGAGCAAGAAGGCCAAGAAGUCUCCAAGGAGCUGCAGCACCUCGGCGAGUCCAUAUUCGUGAAAGCAGACGUAUCAAACGAUCAAGAUGUUCAGAAUCUAGUAGCGGUGACAGUGCAGAAGUUUGGCCGUUUGGAUAUUGCAGUCAAUAACGCCGCUCUAACCCCAGACAAAAAUCCACUGAAGGAUUUCGACCUAGCUCAGUGGAAACGCAUCUUAGAUGUCAACCUUACGGGGACGGCGCUUUGUUGUAAAUACGAAAUGAAGCAGAUGCUGAAGCAGGGAGAAGGGGGAUCCAUUGUGAACAUUGCAUCUAUUAACGCCUUUAAGCCGCAACCCAAUAUGCCAGCCUAUACAUCUGCUAAACAUGGCAUCAUUGGCCUCACGAAGCAUGCUGCUAUGGAGGGUGGCCCUCAUAGUAUUAGGGUUAAUGCUAUUGCUCCAGGUGCGAUAUUUAGCGAGAUGUCUGCAGCUGCGUUGGAAAUUAUGGGAACAACACAUGAAGAAUUUGCUCCACAAGUGAGCUACUUGAACCGGUUUGGUUAUGCCCAUGAAGUCGCCCAAGGCUCGCUAUGGCUCUCUUCGCCUUCAUCCUCCUAUGUAACUGGAAUCUGCUUGCCUAUUGACGGAGGAUUCACAGCUAAAUAG